CCAGAAAAUAUCAGACGCCAAAUUCGAAAAAGAAGAAGAAGAAUCUCGCUCCCGUCCUCUCUCGGCGUCUCGAUCGGCUCUCAUCUCGUCCUAUGGCCUCGGCGGAAAACGGCGGCGGCGACAGCGUGGGCGCCGGCAUCCUGCGGCUGCUGAUGGGGAUGGCGGCGUCCCCGGGCGGCGUGAUGAUGGUGCACCACGUCCUCGUCGACGGCGACGGCGAGCUGUUCUCCGGCGGGCUCGGCGGCGCCCCGCCGGCGUCGAAGGCGGCGAUCGCGUCGCUGAAGGAGGCCCCGGCGCGGGGAGGCUCGGAGGACUGCGCGAUCUGCCUGGACGCGUUCGAGGCCGGCAAGGAGAUGCCGUGCGGGCACCGGUUCCACGGGGGCUGCCUGGAGCGCUGGCUCGGCGUGCACGGCAGCUGCCCCGUCUGCCGCAGCAAGCUUCCGAAGGCGGACCCCGCGGAGCAGGACGGCGGCGGCGGCGGCGAGGGGCGGAGGCCCAGGGGCGCGCUGCUGGUGACCUACGUGGCGCUGGGAGGAGGAGGCGAUCAGAGUCCGCGGGAGGAGGAGGAGCAGAGUGAGCAGCCGUGGAACAUUAGGGUAGAGGACGUGGAUUAGGAGUAGGAUUAGCAAUUGGGUUCCGAUUGGUUCAAAAUUGGUUCCGAUUGGUUCAGAUUGGUGGUCGGCUGGUUGUUCUUCGUCUUCUUCGAUGUACUGUACAUAGUAGCUAAUAGUUGAGGGAAAUUCUAAUAGUUGAGGGAAAUUGGGGCAAAUGUGGAUCAUCUUUGUCUGUGGAAAUAUGAUGUUCAAGUUUCAGAGAGAAACAUAUUUCAUCUUCUGGUUCCUCAAA